GGGUGUAUUCGUGUGAGACCUGUACGUCCGCCAUCAUUGGACAGUGAAGCUAGUAGAGCCGAAAAACCCAGUCGGUUGUCAACAAGUCCGAAGUGAAGCGGAUUUUUGAUUAUUAAGAAGGUCAAGCGGAGGCUCAUUAUAGGCUCUACGAAUUUAUUCCCCUGUCCGCUCUAGGAGACGACUUUCAUGUGAACGCAGAGAACACCGGGGGAGAGAGCCAAACAUGUCAAAUCUGAGCAAAGGCGGCACCAAAAAGGACACCAAGAUGAGGAUACGCGCUUUUCCUAUGACCAUGGACGAGAAGUACGUCAACAACAUCUGGGACCUCCUCAAGAACGCCAUUCAGGAGAUCCAGAGGAAGAACAACAGUGGGCUGAGCUUCGAGGAGCUGUACAGGAACGCCUACACCAUGGUGCUGCACAAACACGGCGAGAAACUAUACACAGGACUGCGCGAAGUCGUCACCGAGCACCUCAUCUACAAAGUACGGGAAGAUGUUUUAAAUUCACUGAACAACAACUUCCUUCAAACGUUGAACCAAGCCUGGAACGACCACCAGACAGCCAUGGUGAUGAUCCGAGAUAUUUUGAUGUACAUGGAUCGAGUGUAUGUGCAACAGAACAACGUGGAGAACGUCUAUAAUCUAGGGCUCAUCAUAUUCCGGGACCAGGUGGUCCGCUACGGGUGUAUCCGGGACCACCUCAGGCAGACGCUGCUAGACAUGAUCGCCCGGGAGAGGAAAGGCGAAGUGGUGGAUCGGGGUGCCAUACGUAAUGCCUGCCAGAUGCUGAUGAUCUUAGGCCUUGAAGGAAGGUCGGUCUAUGAGGAGGACUUUGAAGCCCCGUUUUUAGAAAUGUCUGCAGAAUUUUUCCAGAUGGAAAGUCAAAAGUUUUUGGCAGAGAACAGCGCGAGUGUGUACAUAAAGAAGGUGGAGGCGCGGAUAAACGAGGAGAUUGAGCGAGUGAUGCACUGUCUGGAUAAGUCAACGGAGGAGCCCAUCGUGAAGGUGGUGGAGCGAGAGCUCAUCUCAAAGCACAUGAAGACCAUCGUGGAGAUGGAGAACUCGGGGCUAGUCCACAUGCUGAAGAAUGGAAAGACAGAAGACCUGGCGUGUAUGUAUAAGCUGUUCAGUCGGGUGCCAAAUGGGCUGAAGACAAUGUGUGAGUGUAUGAGCGCCUACCUGAGAGAGCAGGGCAAAGCUCUGGUGUCUGAAGAGGGAGAGGGCAAGAACCCAGUGGACUACAUCCAGGGCUUGCUGGACCUGAAGUCUCGCUUUGACCGCUUCCUGCAGGAGUCCUUUAAUAAUGAUCGUUUGUUCAAGCAGACUAUUGCAGGUGACUUUGAAUACUUCCUUAACUUGAAUCCCCGGUCACCUGAGUACCUCUCCCUCUUCAUCGAUGACAAGCUAAAGAAGGGCGUGAAAGGGUUGACGGAGCAAGAGGUGGAGUCAAUCCUGGAUAAAGCGAUGGUGCUGUUCAGGUUCAUGCAGGAGAAGGAUGUAUUUGAGCGCUACUACAAACAACACCUGGCCAGGAGGCUCCUAACCAAUAAGAGCGUCUCUGACGAUUCAGAAAAGAACAUGAUCUCAAAGCUGAAGACGGAGUGUGGCUGUCAGUUCACAUCCAAACUGGAAGGCAUGUUCAGGGACAUGAGCAUCUCAAACACAACCAUGGAUGAGUUUCGCCAACACCUACAAUCAACAGGGGUGUCUUUGGGUGGUGUUGACCUCACGGUCAGGGUGUUAACGACAGGUUACUGGCCCACUCAGUCAGCCACACCCAAAUGCAACAUCCCCCCUUCUCCCAGACACGCAUUUGAGGUUUUUAGAAGGUUUUAUUUGGCCAAGCACAGUGGCCGGCAGCUCACACUGCAGCACCACAUGGGCUCGGCAGACCUCAAUGCUACUUUCUACGGGCCGAUCAAAAAGGUAUCAGUGUCAGCGCUAGAGGACGGCUCAGAAGUGGGCGUGGGUGGUGCCCAGGUGACGGGCUCCAACACCAGGAAGCACAUUCUCCAAGUGUCCACUUUUCAGAUGACCAUCCUUAUGCUCUUCAACAACAGAGAGAAGUUCACCUUUGAGGAGAUCCAGCAGGAGACGGACAUCCCAGAGCGAGAGCUGGUGCGAGCGCUGCAGUCUUUGGCCUGUGGGAAGCCCACUCAGCGAGUGCUCACCAAGGAGCCCAAAUCUAAGGAGAUUGAGAACGGCCAUGUAUUUACAGUCAACGACCAGUUCACCUCCAAACUGCACAGAGUAAAGAUCCAGACAGUUGCUGCUAAACAGGGUGAAUCAGACCCUGAGAGGAAAGAGACACGGCAGAAAGUGGAUGACGACAGGAAGCACGAGAUCGAAGCGGCCAUCGUUCGCAUCAUGAAGUCCAGGAAGAAGAUGCAGCACAAUGUGCUAGUAGCAGAGGUCACUCAGCAGUUACGGGCACGAUUCCUCCCAAGUCCUGUGGUCAUUAAAAAACGCAUCGAAGGACUUAUUGAGCGGGAAUACUUGGCAAGAACGCCAGAAGACCGCAAAGUGUACACUUACGUAGCAUAAAUGUGGCAUGAAUUUCAAAUGAAACCUGGUGUGGAGUGAAAGAGAGCGUGAGAGUGUUAUUUUUGGGACUUGGAUCAUGAGCAUGAACUGGGAGGUUUUUGUGUUUAGGGUUUUUUUUUUUUUUCUUUCAUUUUUUUUUUUUUUUUUUUUUUUUUUUUUUUCUUUCUUCAUCGCUACUGGGGGAAAACUGAGAAGUUAACCUUUAACCUUCUGUACAGACUCAUUUUAAAAAGUUCUUAGCGAUUCACACAGAAGCCUUCCAAAGCCUCCAGGGAGCUGGAUGAGAUUCAGCUCGGGCUCGCAGACGAGGUGUCCGUCUCUGUGAGAGAACUGUGUUAGAGUCGGAGCCUAUAAUCCUGAACCCAGAACAACAGAAGUGCCCAAAUAAACGAAGAAUGAUGACUUUCCAGCAUUGGACGCCUUCCGGAGACCAAUCAGGUUACAGUGAAAUAUGUAUACCUUCCCACAUUUAUUUUUGUUAGUUUGAGCUUUUUUUCCCCAUGUUGGUGUAAACGUGUUUGUGGUCUGUGGCACCAUGUUGGUUGUACAGGUUUAACCCUUGCCUGCCUGCAGAAGAUUUUAAAAAUGGAGGCUGGGUAUCAGAGAGCCAUAUUAGUUGCUUUGGAGCAUGCCUUUUCUGACAAGGGGUGAAAUAACUCUUUCAAGGUUUCUAAAAGAAAUGGUUUGGUCGUGUCUUUGUUUUAACUUUUUUCGUAUUUGGCAUGGCCAAAUGUAAAUUUAAAUAUUAGCUUUUUUUUUGUAGGGUCCUUCUGAUGCAGUUCCAUUAUAGGGGGUUGGGUUUUGUGUUUUGUUUUAUUUUAUUUUUUUUUCGGCAGCAGAAGGAACUUCUGGAGCAUCGUGUCUAAACGUGUACAAAUUGUAAAAUAAUUGUUAUUGUACUCGCUGAAGUGGACUGUACAGGGCCUUGUUUUCAUCAUUGUUAAAUGUAGAAAAAGGAGUUAAAAAUAAAUGGAUUUGCUGCUUCGGGU